AUGCGACUAGUUCACCUCGCAGCUAGCCGGUCUCGCCGAGACGUGAAGGCAGCAAAGCAUAGGCACCACGCCACCCGCGGUCUGCGACUGGUGCCAGCGCGAUUUCUUAAGUUUCAAACGAAAGUAAGAACCCUAAUUACAAGCCAAGCCAUCAUCGUGUUCGCCAUUUCCGUCAAACGAAACCUAGGCCUUCGUGGUUUUGUUGAAUCCAAGCCUUACACCAUCGAAGAUGAUCCGGAUUCUUCAGCUGUAACUCUUGUGAUGCAUCAUGGAGGUCAGUUUGAGCAUGUCCCUAAGGCAAGAUACAUAGAUGGUUCUGUGAAAGUUUUUGACUAUGUUGAAAGGGGUCAUAUGUUGAUGGAAAAUUUUGUUCACUGGGGAAAAGAGAAAAUUUGUGAUGGUAAGCUACGGUUUUACAUUAUGGUUGAUGAUGCUUUCAAUCUUGUUGUUGAUGAUUCUAGUUUUGUGGUUGGAUAUUUUGAUGGGAAAAGUGAAAGAGAAAUGCAUGUGUAUGUGCAAGUACUUGAAAAAGAGAAGGAUGGGAUAUCAAUGGAGGAACAUAUUGAUGAUAUUUUAGAUUCUGUGGAAGAUAGUACUUAUUGUGUGGCUAGUGAAUCUGAGGAUGAUGAUAUGAUUUUUAGUGAACAUGUUGAUGACAUUUCUGCAAAUUUUGAGGAGAUUCCUCUAAAUGAUAAUGAACAUGUUGCUGAAAACAUUAGUAUUGAUCCUGUUGUUCAUGAGAACCCUGAUAGAAAUAAUGAAUCUGAGAUUGCUUGUGAUGGAGAUAUGAAGGACUCUACUUCCUACAGAAUCAAGGAAAUGAAUGCCAAGCACACAUCUGCUCCUAGUUUUUAUGUAAAAAAUGUUAAAUCAUCUUGGUUGACUGAGAAGUACAUUGAUGACUUUAAGACUGAUCCUGGUAGAAAAGUAAGAAAGAACAAUAAGAGCAGGAGUGCAACUGAAACUGAAGUGGAGCCUAGCCAAAAUCCAUUACUUCCACCUGAGUGGAUUCAAGAAGCCUCUGAAAUUGUUGUGGAGACCAAUGAAGUGCCCUAUUGCACACAAGAAUCUCAAGAUAAUGCAUGUCCACCUGCACAUAUGGAAGGACCUUCUAUGUUUGACAAGCUACAAGGAAGAAAACCAAGGGGUCCUCCAGUUGAGCCUAGAGUGGGGCAAAAGUACAAGCCUUUGUAUGAAAUAGCUUCUUCAUUGGAUGAAAGCAGUCAUUUCAGGAGAUUGUGA